AUGAGCGGCCGCGUCCCAAUCGAGUCUCAACGCGUCGAUGCGCCGCUCACAUCAUCAGCAACCUUCCUCGUCCUUUCAGUCACGGAAAGUCCGGACGCUGUCAAAACAGUACGAUCUGCUCUAGCUAAUAUCGAUGGUCUCGCCAAAAACGUCGCUAUUCGGGAUCUGGGUGCCUCAUUUGCUUGCACUGUUGGCAUUGGAAGUGAUGUGUGGGAUAGGGUCACUGGUCUACCCAAGCCUUCGGAGCUUCAUCCCUUCCCCCCUAUUGAGGGGGCGAAGCAUACUGCCGUCUCAACACCUGGUGAUCUACUCUUUCACAUUCGCUCUGAGCGUCGAGACCUGAACUUCGAAUUCGAGAAGCAACUGCUGGAUCUCCUCGGCGACUCUGUCAAGGUUGUCGAUGAGACCGUUGGUUUCCGGUAUUUCGAUGUUCGAGACCUCCUCGGAUUUGUGGAUGGCACGGCAAACCCGGUUGGGCCAGCAGUGCCGGCCUCGAUUUUGGUUGCUGAGGAAGAUACAGCUGCAGCUGGCGGCAGCUACAUCGUAGUUCAAAAGUACGUCCACGAUAUGAAGGGAUGGAAGACCCUCAAAGCCGAGCAGCAAGAAGCCAUCAUCGGCCGGACGAAACUGGAUAACGUUGAGCUUGACGAUGCACCUACUGGCCAACAAGCUUCACAUAAAACGCUUAACACGAUCGAAGACGAAAAUGGUGUCGAGCAUGAUAUCCUCCGAGAUAAUAUGCCGUUCGGUUCUCCUGGUUCAGGAGAGUUUGGAACGUAUUUUAUUGGGUACUCUCGCCGCUUGUGGGUUAUUGAAAAAAUGCUUCAUAGGAUGUAUAUUGGGGAGCCUCCGGGACUUCAUGAUCGUAUCCUUGACUAUUCGAAGCCGUUGACUGGCACAACGUUUUUCGCACCGUCUGCAAGUAUACUUGCCAGUCUAGACUCGAACUGA